AGUCGCAGCUCAAGUACUCAGUCAACAUGAUGAAGGUUGUAGUUUUUUCUGUUGCCGUUUUGGUCCUGGCAGUAGCUGCAGAAUACCACGAGGAGCAUCAUUCCCAUCCCAAGUAUAAGUUCGAAUACGGAGUGAAGGACUCCCACACGGGAGACAAUAAGGACCAGUGGGAACACCGCGACGGUGAUGUUGUCAAGGGGCAGUACACUCUGUACGAGGCUGAUGGGACGAAACGUGUGGUGGAAUAUACUUCCGACAAGCACCAUGGCUUCCAGGCUCACGUGAAGCGAGUUGGACAUGCCCAACAUCCACAGAUCUAUGGACACGAAGAAGGACAUCACCAUUCCGGUUCCGAUCAUGGCCAUGGUCACGCCAGCAGCUAUGCCAAUCUGUACCAGCACCAUCAUUGA